GGAGUUUCUAGCUCCUUUAGACAAUUUUUUGGGCCACUAUAUGCUCUCAAAGGCCCAAGACUUCCAAAAGUUCUUACCUUAAUCCUGCAGUAAUGGGGAUAGGUGAUCCAACUCUACUGCAAAUGUAGGCUGAAGCCAUUUCUACAGACCUGAAAAUUUGCUAAGGUUGUUCGGUUAAAACAUUCAACGAACAUAGUUACGCCACAUUUUUAAGGACAUUCAGUGUAUUUUAUGUUUUCUUUGUCAUUCUCCGAGAAAUGUACACAUGUAAGUUGUUUUGUCUCACACAACUAUGUUAAUAGCCGAGCAGUUUUUUGUCCUGUCCAUGUCAUUCCUCGAAAUGCUACUACUUUGUUUGACUCCCUUAUUCUUGGUGUCUGUAGAUGCUACUUAUAUCGGCGUUGCUGGGACACUGAUAUGUCCUGAUCCCUACAGCAGUAUCGCUUCCAUUUUUCUGAUGGAAAGAGACUUUGGAAGAACAAUUUUUGAUUCCAUCGAUGACGACGACGUGUUAGAUCGCAAGGAGAUCGAACUGAACAAGCCAUUCGAGAUCGGCGGUUCUGAAACAGAGAUAUUCGGACUUGAACCAUACAUAUACUUAAGAUACAGAUGCCAGGAGGAUUAUAAAGAGGAGGUGAUAAAUCUUGGCGACACUCAGUUCAGGGAUCGCGUGUUUCAGCUUCAGAAGGAUCUUAUUACCGGGAAGACAAUUUUGAAUUGAUUGACAAAUAAAUCCUGGAUAUGCA